ACAGAUUCUUUUUAAGGAUGUCCAUUUCCUUUCUCCGGCCCCCCCUUUUUCCUCAGACCGAAUGGAACGUCCCAUCCCGAGAGUGGUUUGGCACUCGGGACUGAACGAGUUGCAACUGACAACAUCGCAGGGGCAACGCCAAAACGCGGAGUGAAGUUGUAGGCUUCUGUCUUCGGGGGAAUGCUUCCCCAGCCUGCCAGUAAAGAGCAGAGUGUGGCAGUCCUUUUUGUCCAUCCACAUCUGAAGACAUGUUGCACGGGACUUUGUCAGCUUGGAAAGCUCUGCUGCUGAUUGUCCCGCUGUGGGGCUGCCUCUUUGCUCUGGGACUGCAGCCCACGAGAUGGCCACUGUAUUCCCGAAAGCCUCUGCUCCUUGCUUGGAACGCCCCGAUUGAAGAUUGUGCCCCGCGGCAUAAAAUUCAUUUCCAGCUGGACCAGUUCCAGAUUGUGGCUACACCCAAUGAGGGCUUUGUUAAUCAGAAUCUGACCAUCUUCUACAAGGAGCGCUUGGGCUUGUACCCCUAUUUUGAACAAGAUGAAACGGCGGUGAAUGAGGGACUUCCGCAGGUGGCCAGUCGCACACGGCACCUGGAGAAAAUGCCAGAAGAUGUUAAGAAGUACAUACGUUCAGAAUGGGCCACUGGUUUAGCUGUUAUCGACUGGGAGGAUUGGCGUCCCCUCUGGAUACGUAACUGGGAAGCCAAAGAUAUUUACCGCAGACAUUCUGAGGAGUUGGUGCGGCAGAAGAACCCAACCUGGCUUCCUGAUCAGGUGAAAAAAGUGGCCCAGCAGGAGUUUGAGAUAUCUGCCAGGCUGUUCAUGUUAGACACACUGAAGCAAGCUAAGAACCUGAGGCCCAACCAGCUGUGGGGUUUCUACCUGUUUCCUGACUGCUACAACCACAACUACGUGCGCACUCUGGAGAGCUACACGGGCCGCUGUCCUGAUGUGGAGGUGUCUCGCAAUGACCAGCUGAAAUGGUUGUGGACUGAGAGCACAGCCCUCUUCCCUUCCAUCUACGUGAGCAGCUUGCUGCGCUCAUCCGCUGCCGGACGCCAGUUUGUGCGGAACCGCGUAAAAGAGGGGAUGCGUUUGGCCUCAUCGGGCGAUGGCUUGGCACGUCCUGUCUUUGUGUACACGCGGCCCACAUACAUGAACUCCCUGGAGCAGCUGACCGAGACUGACCUUGUGUCCACAAUCGGGGAGAGUGUGGCCCUGGGAGCAGCUGGAAUAAUCAUGUGGGGAGAUAUUGCCUAUGCACACAACAAAACCACCUGCUCUGAUCUGGAUAAAUAUCUGCGGGGCACACUGAGUCAGUACCUCCUGAACGUUUCCACGGCAGCAGAGCUAUGCAGCCAGACCCUUUGCGGCUCUCACGGGCGAUGUCUGCGCAGAAACUCAAACAGCGACGUUUACUUGCAUCUGAAUCCCCUCACCCAUGGCAUCGUCAAGAAGAACGGCAAGCUGACGGUCACCGGUGAGCUCGGCAAAGCAGACGGGUUAAGUUUUGAAGCAGACUUUCAGUGUCAGUGUUACAGCGGGUAUCAGGGGGAGCUCUGCGAUCAAACAGACCCGCUACACCAAAAAGGGACGGCGACUCGAGCCACAGCAGUGGCUCUGCAGUGUUUGAUCUUACUGAUUGUCUGCCUGCUCAUCUGUUAAUACCCAUUAUGUAACUGUAAAAGUCUAAAAGAAGAGCACAAGAGGAGAGGUGAAGGGAAGAUAGGCGUGUGUGGUUUUUUUCUGUUGCUGUAUAUCGUAAGAACCGCUGUGGAAAUUCCAAGGUAGUGUUUGUUUCUAACUUUUAAUCAUUUAAAAAAAGAAAAAAACUUGCUGGAAAUGACCCUGUUUACAUUGUCCUCUCACUCGCCGCUUGCCAAGGUGUCCAUGCUUCUUGUAGAGAGGAUGCUUCUGUGGUAAAUGCUGCGAAUGAGUAAAUGUAUGUGGUGAAAGUGGAAAACGAUUCACUUAAAUCUGACAACAGCACAAUAUAUUUGAAGUGCCUAAUUUCUUUUAAAUUUUCUUUAAAUGUGGCCUCUUUCUGACAUCUGAUGUGUUUAUAGAGGCAUUCGCAGUGUUAUUAUUUAUUUGAAUGUAUUUUUUAUACGAUAUUAUUGUCCAAAACAUGACUACUACUUUUUUAAAAGGGUGACACAUCUCCACUCUACGAGCCUCAUGUUUCAGUGGCCUUUUGACUCCAGAAGCACAGUGUUUCUCAUAUUGAUGUCUCUCAUACAAAAAUGGCAUUUGUCGGUGUAAAUAAACUUCUUUGUUGAG